AUGAGUGCGGCUUCGAACAAUCCUGGGGAUGGUGGCAUGGGCAACCUGGGAACUGGCGCGGGGGGGUCGGACAAGGGUGACGACCAGAAACCGACUCGUAAUAGACCAGGCCGUGGGACACGAAAAAUGAAAAACGUGUUUCGGGAUAUGAAGGCAAUGUCCCGGGAGUUGAACCGUUCACUCAGGAGCCGAGGAAGUGAUGAAGUAGUGGAGGGCACUGUGGAAGAAAUGCACCAUCCUAAUAUCGGUAGCAGUGGACCGGGCGUGCCAGCAACUGAAGAGGCGGACGACAUCGUCGGAACAUCUACGGAAGCAGCGCGGGAUAUCGUAACCUCCAACCCCGGCGUUGACGUGGAGAACCGUGCAGGUCCCAGUAGGAGGAGGACAGAGUGCUCAUCUCAGGAGGAGGCUGUAGCUGCUGAGGCUGUGGAUGUAUAUCGAGAUUAUUAUCGGAGAGUGGUAGCCUAUAAUGAGAACCCUUCGGCAGCACCAACUAUGCUGGUGGUGGCUCACGAUCCGAUUCUGCUUGCUCGAUUCCCUGGAAUGGGUCCAAUAAAGCCGGCGAAACCCAGAAAUGAAAUAGAAGAAAGGAGAGCUAAAGAGCAAUCAAGGCCACGCAGGUGGGACAAAGUGCGCGUUAAAGAUUUUGCAGAAAUCGCAGAGAAUAAAGCAGCCUACCAUAAGGCCAAGGCUGCUGAGGAGGCCGGACCGGAGGGCCAGCCGCCGAGCAGGGAACCUGAUUUGAGACACUUCGACCCGAGUUCCGAAGCACAAACGUCGCUCCGGAGGUCGGAGGAAAGGAGAAGGGACGAGAAGCGAAAGUCUGAUGAAAGGAGGUCGAGAGAACAAUCCGGCGAAGAACCUCCGAAAUGGCCAACUGUUAGAUCUCUGAUCCCUCCUGACUCUCCGGCUCCUGCAGGGCCCGUGAUUCCUCCUGGGUCUCAGAUAUCUCGUGGGCCUCAAGGCCCUGCUAUGUUUUCAGCGCCCGCUGAGCCUGGAACCCCUUCUAAGGAUCCGGCGCCUGUCGAACCUGUUGAGCCUGUCGAGCCUGGCGCCUCUGAUGAACCGGGAAAACCUACUGAGCCUGUUGCUGAGCCUGUUGACCCUGGCGCCUCUGGUGAACCAGUAAAGCCUACCGAUCCUGUUGAGCUUGUCGAGCCUGACGCCUCUGGUGAACCGGGAAAGCCCACUGAGACUCCUGAGAACGAUGAAGAAGGAGACAGAUCAGGAAGGAAAAGGAAGUGGUGUUGUUUAUGA